GUGACGAUUUACAUUCAAAGCUCAAGAAAUCACAAGAUCUACUCGAUAAAGGUCUAAAAAAUAAACAAAAAAUUGAAGUCUUACAAAAAAAACAUGCCUCUUUAGAGAUGGAAUAUUACCAUAAAAGUGAAGAAUAUUAA